AUGCUUAUAUUAACUUGGCGGAUGUUCUUUCCUAUGAUAUCUGGCUACUAUAUAUCACAGCUUUGCUGUUGUGGCGUAAGUGAAAGGCUCAUUUGUUUCUGCGUCAAAUUCAAAGGAUUAUUCGUUGCACUGACUCAUCCAGUCGCUAUGAAAGCUUCCCCGAUAGUAAUUGCAAGAUACAGUUUGCGUCUCGUGGCUUUGUUUGUGAUGUGCUGUGCCAUUUUGGUUCACCUCUCUGCCACGAAUGAAAUUCGGUCCGAGCAAAGUCAAAGAGAACAAAUUGUUGACCGAGUGUUUGAUGAUGGUGAAAAACGUACCUUGUUGCAUCGUCAGCGAAAAUCAGCUAAAAAUAAUGUGAUGGUCAGUCUGUUGGAGGUACAAAAAAGGCUGAGAGCCAUAGAAGAAAGGUAAGCUCUUCGUUUGCCGGUUUUUCUUUUCAAUUUAUCAGAUCGGUGAUACUUUUUGACUGGAACACUAGUUUUUACGCAACUGAGAUUCUUUGCGAAAUUACCGCGCAGUCUUAUCAACUAUAUAACUGCUGAUAUUCGGAAAAAUUCUCACCUUCGUAAAGUUUUCGAGAAAAUAUACUGAGGCCAUUGUAAAUUCAAUAAAGGCUUGAGUUGCCCUAGGAUGACACCGAACAGAUGUAAAUUUAUUAGUACCGCUUAGAAUGAAAUGUCAAGAGAUGUAAAAGUAAUCUGUACGUAUGUAUAGUCUAAAAAGCGUUUUCAAUGUAUUUUUGGAAGAAACCCGUUGUUGGGUGCCCCUGAAUUAUCACGCCGGCCACCAGCAGCUAUUAAUUCUCGCAAAUAUAUCAUAGUUAGUGGAAAAAAGUUUUAUAUUUGCAAGAGAGCGUCUAAAACACAAGGCGUGUGAUCUAUGGAGACAUCGAAACUUGGCAGAAAGAGCAACUUUCAUAAACAGUCUAAACUGAGUAAAAUGAAAGAGCCAUAAAGAAAAAUAUCACCACCGAAUGGAUCUAUAAGUACUGAUGAAGAAGACGUAUACCAGGCAAAAGACAAAAAAUCGAAAAAAAGUAAUAGCCCCAAAAAGAGGCCUUUUCGAAAAGGAAGCUUAUUUCAAUAAUCGAUCUCUCCGUAUCUUUAGUCCAUUGAAUACAGUGAAAUUUUCUAGCAGGGGUUUUAGCUAAAAUUUAACAACUGAGAUGGCAUAACUUCAAAGGACCGCAGGCGAAUAUUUCGCAGGACGUAGGAUCUAAAGGAAAUCUGAUAAGCAAAAAUAUACCAAGAGAACAUAAAUCUGCAAAGCUGAUCGUGUUAAGUUGAUAUAAACUUUGGAAGACAUUAACACGACACCGAUAGAAACCUAAACAGGGCAGGCUUGUAGCAAAUAAUUAACCACCACGAACACUUCCAGUUAGUCUUUCACCAGUCGGGCAUUAAUUCAUAGUAAGUAUAGCAAAUUAAGUCGACCAAUCAAAAAAUCCGCGAUCAGUUAGUUAGUUUCAGGCGGUGAUUAGUUUAUCCCUCCCUCCCUCCCUCCCUCUCCUCCUCCAUCCAUCCAUUCCUUUGUUCCUUCUUUCCUUCCUUCCUGUAUUCAUUCUUUCAUUCGUUCAUUCACCCAUCCAUCCAUCCAUCCAUCCAUCCAUCCAUCCAUCCAUUUAUCCAUCCAUCCAUCCAUCCUAUCCAUUCAUUCAUUCAUUCAUUCAUUCAUUCAUUCAUUCAUUCAUUCAUUCAUUCAUUCAUUCAUUCAUUCGUUCGUUCGUUCGUUCGUUCGUUCGUUCGUUCGUUCGUUCGUUCGUUCGUUCGUUCGUUCGUUCGUUCGUUCGUUCGUCCGUCCAUUCCUAAUCCUUUACCAUUUCCUUCUUUUUCCUUCAUUUUCAUCUCUCCGUAGGUUUAUUUUUUCUCGUUAUCGGUUGUGACGUUCGUUUCAUUAUAGGUUCAUCGUCGAAUCUCAAUUGCAAUGACAUUUGUUUUGCUUUAUUUCUGACCGAUCCAAAGCUAAGUAAGAAUUAAGUUACGAAUAAAAGAUGACUGCUAGUCUGUAAUAGUUGGGAUUUUAUACCUGAUAGCGAUGAGUGUCAGAGAUAAUGUAAAUAUAAUUAUUAUUUAACGCUUAAUGUGUUCAAACAGUGGCUUAUUUUGAGUUUUUUUUUUCUUGACAGACACAAUAAAAGUGCAAGCUUGAUGGAAAAGCGACUUCAAGAAAUGGAAAAGCGGUUUAUAAAACGGUGCGUAUACUGUUAGUGAAUUAAUCAAUUAUCCAUGGAAACUUCACAGUUUCUUGUUAAUCUUUGGUUAUACAUGUAAUAUAAUUUUGCGAUUUAACAAUGAAUUUAUCUUUCUACAGACUUGACGCAUUGGUGCAAACACCCCACUCAAGUGACUCGUCACUAUUGUCCUACCUACUUGGUUUGUACACUAGUGUUAAAAAAAGGAAUGGCCAAACUGACGAGCCAAUUAAUUGAUCGUGUAACAGAGCACAAGCAAAUGCUGCCCAAACUAAAAAUUGGGCUGACAGCCUUUGGCGAAAAAAACAAACAAACAAACAAACCAACAAACGAACGAACGAACUAAUAACUAACGAACCACAAAAGAGAAAACAAAAACAAACAAACAAACAAACAACAUCGAAAGACGAUUCCCAGUUCUCUCGCAAUUAUAAGGUCUUUUACUUUAAGAAAAUUUGGCUUCAUUUUUCAAUGUUGGGUAUGGUGCAUUCUGGUUUUUAGCUUAUCCAUUAAGCCGCUUUUAUUUAAUUAAAUGACGCAAUGUAACGCUUAAAUAUCUCUUGCUAUUAUAUUGUUAUUUAAUUUGAACAUACAUGUUGUAUCUCUUAAAUUUAUACGUGCUUCAGUGCGAGAUGGCCGCAAUAAAGGAAAACAAUUAAUGGGACCACCUGGACCCCCAGGGAAACCAGGAGUAAGAGGUAAGCAAGAUUCGUCUACUGCUUUAUGUCGGCGUUACCAGUUGUCUACUUUUUGUAAGGUUUAGGGCUGCCUCAUAGAAAAUAUCUAAAAGCUAAUUUAACUAGGAGGGCAUUAAUAAAACUAAUGGACUAUUUCGAAUUAUAAAUGAGGUUGCUAAAUGGAGGUGCCCAUUUUAAUACAGCUGUACCAUCUCUCUUAGGGCCUGUUUGCAUGGAGUGGGGGACCCCGAUCUAGUGGGGUUGGUUUCUUUUGUUUUCACACUCUGGGAGACACAAAACAAAAGAAACCUACCCCACAAGACCGGGGUCCCCCACUCCAUGUAAACAGGGUCUUAGUUACAGUUCUGUCAGUAAGAAGGAAGCAAGGCUAGAAAGCUUACCUCAUCUUUACAGUUAUAUCAUCAAAUUAGUCCGUGAUAAACUCAAGUUAAUGUCUAAUGUUUGGCUUUUGUAAUUUAGCCUCUCAGCUUUUGUUGCAGUAUUAUUCUUCCGAUCUUAGCUAAUCAAAAUGUAAAUUUUCACUGAAGUAUUCCCAUAUGAUAAACAUUGUCAUAGGAAUAAAUAUUAUUGUUAAUGAUUGUCGUAAUUGUGUCCCUCUAGGUCCUAAAGGGGUUAAGGGAGCUCAGGGAGUUAAAGGCGAUAGAGGAAAAGCUGCCAAUUCUGGGGUGAAGUAUGUUCGCUGGGGAAAGACCUCAUGCCCUAAUGGUGCUCAGAUUGUCUAUAAAGGUACAAAAAGGGGAUGACUUUGUCCUUCAUUUAAUUCAUAAAUCCAACAAAAGCAAAAUCCAAGUAACAAGGAAACAGAAACAAAUUGGUGCCAAUAUCUCGUCAUUUUCUUUAUUCUAACAACGGGACGGAGAUACCAUGUUCAAGGAUUUUAUGAAUCCCUCACAACUAUAUAUAAUUAUAAUUUACUAUUUCGAAGCUUAUAUAUUUUGGUAGCCUGUUAGGACCAAAGGUACAUUGCCCAGCAAAGCUAUUAUGUUCAAUCUACCCUAAGUUAAUGCGUUUUUCGGAAAGCAGUAAGACGGUUCGCAACACUGUUACUCACAAGUUUGAAUGUGUUAUUCUUCAUGACUGGAAUUUCUAAAGUCACAAGUCAUUCACUUAACUUCAUGAAUAGAUGUUUUCAGAGUUUUUAGUUGAAUUGAGUUAACUUAUCCCUAACUUUUCUACUUAUUAGGUAUCAUGGGUGGAGAGCAUUACACUCACACUGGAGGUGGAGUUAACUACCUUUGCCUUCCAAAGACUCCAAAGUACGACAGGUACAAAGAUGGCCACCAGGGUGGCGGACGCGUAUACGGCGCUGAGUACGAACUCUCGUUUAACCCUUUCAAGAAAAGUCUUAACCAACAUGAUCCACCUUGUGUUGUCUGCUUUGUCCAGUCACGUGGUUCAAUGCUGUUGAUGCCCGCAAGGAACGAUUGCCCCACUGGAUGGACCGAGGAGUAUCAUGGGUACCUGAUGACUGAAGAUUAUGGCCACAAGAAGCAACAUGAUUUCAUCUGCGUUGACAAAGACGCUGAGUCUAUUCCUGGCAGCCAGGCAAACAAGAACGGUGCAUUACUCUAUUUUGUGGAAGGAGUGUGUGGCAACCUACCAUGUGGUCCAUAUGUCAACGGUCGAGAGUUGACUUGUGCUGUGUGCACCAAGUGA